GCCCCGACUAAGCCUGAGCCGCAACCUCCGAGGCCUCCUUUCGCGAAACCACACCCCCUCCCAUCUCGCGACAAAAAAAACCUCCUCCCACCGAUUCGCCGCCGCAGUCGCCCGCCAGCAAUCAUGUCGCAACGGAUGAAGGACAUGAUGCAGAAGGGGAAGGACCUGGGGAAGGAGAAGGGCACUGCGAUCCGCAACGUGAAGCCCAAGGGCACUAUCAGGGGCAAAGCAGCCGGCAUGGUAGGCUUGCAGAGGAAGGGCUCCGAUGACGACCACCAUGUCGCCCGCCCCAUCUCCCAGCUCCGCGACCCGUCCCAGUUCGCGCCGCCGCCGAAACGCACCGGCUCCGGCCUCCUCCCGGCCCCGCCUCCCACGAAAGCCGCACCGCGACAGGUCAUUACCGCGCCGUCCAAGUACCAGGACCCGCGAGCCGCUCCGGUCGAGCCGCCCAAGUUCCAAAAGCAGCUGGAAGCUCCACCUGAGCAGGAAGAGGAGCCCCAGGAAGAGGAGGACCGCCCCCCGCAGCCAUACCGGGUGAACACUACGGGUCUCGCUACAAGCCAUCUGCCGCCGCCGCCGGGGAGGAAAGAUGGCGCAGAUGGGAGAGGACCACCUCUACUACCUCCGCCGUCGUAUCAAUCCGCUACUACUGGAAGCAAGCCCCCGCCACCGAGUCUGCCACCUCGCCUGCCUCCGCGGACCAACUCUGGCAGCUCGACCGCAAGCGCACCACCAGUCGCCAGUCCGGCCUCCACGGGCAGCGGCUACUUGAACCAGGGAGCCAUCAACCGCCUAGGCGCCGCAGGCAUCUCGGUUCCUGGCUUCGGCAUCGGACGCUCCAGCCCUGCAAACCAGGACGAACCGGGUCCUCCGCAGCCUCCGCGUCCCGGCGCUGCACCGCCCGCGCCCUCGCAGAUGAACGAGCUACAGAACCGCUUCUCCAGGCUUGGCGCAUCCUCGGCGCCUCCUACUGCAAGCCCGCCGCCCAGCGAGGGCACGACGUGGGCGCAGAAGCAGGCCGCCAUGAAGACGGCUUCGGCGUUCCACAAAGACCCGUCGUCGGUUUCGUUCUCUGACGCCAAAGCCGCCGCCGGCACAGCCAACAACUUCCGGCAGCGGCACGGUGAGCAAGUCGCUUCGGGAGUCAAGACGGCCAACAGCCUAAACCAGAAGUACGGGCUGAUGAACAAGGUCGAGAGCUACACUGGGUCACACAAUGAACAUGAUCAGGUCCAAGGGACCAUCGCGCCAUCUCCAGUGCCAGGGUUGGCAGGGAAGAAGAAGCCGCCUCCUCCUCCACCUCCCAAGAAGAAGCCAGGCCUGGGAAACGCCUCGGCAGUUUCAAGUGCUCCCGCUGGUCAAGGGCCGCCGCCAGUCCCCAUGUCAACGAGACCUCAGUUUGAGUAGAUUGCUAGGUUAAGGGAUCCGGUAGCAUUGUGAGGCGCAUUUGGAGUUUUCCACCAUUAUCUCUUCACGUUGAACAAUUGGGCACACACAUAUCUUGAGU